AUGGCAAGAAGAGGUGGGAGAAACGAUGAUGCUAUCGCUGAGGCUAUGGGUAUGAUUGCUGGCGUGUUGGGAGGAAAUGCUAAUGGAGCUGGGAUUAGUGCGAAUAGACAACUGGAAGAAUUCCAGAGGAACAAUCCUCUGUUGUUCAAACGCACUCAUGAUUCGGAAGGUGCUCAGAAGUGGUUGAAGGAAAUUGAAAGGAUUUUUCGAGUUAUUGGUUGUGCUAAGAACCUGAAAGUGAGAGGGAAUUUCUUAAGGAGAUACUUUCCUGAAGAUGUUCGGGGAAAGAAAGAGAUUGAGUUUCUAGAACUAAAGCAAGGUAGUAUGACAGUGCCUGAGUAUGCUUCUAAGUUUGUGGAACUGGCUAAGUACUACGCUCACUAUACCAAUGAUGAAGCUGGAUAA